GCUUCAGACCACCAGCAUGCUGGCGCGCCGGAGUGCGCUGCCUCGCGCUGCCUUGCUACGACAACGUGCAUCCUAUCUUCCUCGGUCAUCUGCCGCUCGGCAUCUCUCUGACACGACACAAACGGAUUCAGCGCCUAAGGCAGCCCCGAAAGCGUCUAGCAGUGGGAUUCAGCCAGGUUCUGUACUGGACAAUGCUCGGAGGGGCAUCAGAAUCGCACUCAUAACAUUCGGCACGGUGCUCACCGUAUCUGGCGUCGGCUGGGCAACCGGACAGUACUGGAUUGAGACUCACGAACUGGCGCCGGAGACUGACCCGGAAGUCAUACGCUGGCAAUGGGACGCAGAAGCGGAUCAUUGGAACGGGGAUAGGUUGGCUGGCGGCACUGACCCUAACCUCGGAACCCUGGCGCGCGUUAGCUUGCGCAGCGCUUGGCUGGAGCUCAAUCGUACACCAGAGAUGGACAACGUCGCCCUGGUUGCAGCGUACGCGCGCCGGGUGGACUCGCUGCUGCAAAGUGCCAUACUUCUCGCUGAGGAAGAGUCUACGCGGCGAAGGCUGCAUCCGCGUACGCUCUACGAGCUGCAUACGCGGAGAGCAGAGGCGCUCGAGCGCCUUGGUUCGCCGUCGGAUGCCGCUCAGGCUUACGCUGCUGCGUGGAGGGCUGCUGGCGAGGAUGGACCCGAAGCAGCUCGCAUAGCGAUGAAGCUAGGUGACGUGCAGGCGCGGUUGUCUCAGCCAGAGACAGCGCUCGCCUGGUGGAACAAGGCUCUCCAGCUUGCCACUGGGUCAUCCGACGCGCUACCAAAAGCACCACCGGCCUUGCCUCUGGCGCAGCGGACCAUGAUGUCCACGUUGAUGUCAAUGUCGUCUUCCCGGGCCUCUUCCGGACAGCUCGCGGAUGCUGAGCGCGUACAGAUAACCGGCCUUGACCUGCUGCGCGCGAUGAAAGCGCCGCCGCUUAAUCUUGCCUCACCUCCAGAGGCCCUUCACUACCUCUUCCUCAUGAACGCGUCUGCAGUCCUAGGGCUACACCUCGCCGAAGUGACAUACGCCCGCCAAAAGAAGAAAGAUCCGGCCCCACCUCUUCACUGGCUCCUCCAAUCCGCCAAAAUCUCCGAGCGUGUCGCGAACCUGCUCACCGGCCAGGCAGCGGACGAGCAGCCCAACAGCACGCACGGCGUCGUGGCGAAGUUCGUCGAGUCGCGCGCGAUGCAGCGGCCGGCGCGGGACCUGCUCCGCGACGCAAGAAGGACAGCGGCGGAGGCAUGGAAUUUGGCGGGCGUGUUGAAGGAGCGUGCGGAGCCGGGGAACCCGCGCUCGGCGCUGGACUGCUAUAAGCGCGCCGUACGGUGGGCGGGUACGGAUCCGGACGCGGAGGAUGCGUAUAACAAUGCGGGAUCGGAUACGCGGAGGGCAGAUUGGAGGGUGUACCUCAACAAUUAUCGACGGGCGAAGGAGGCGGUAGAGGGUAGGCAGGGAGAGGCGGCAUAGUCAGGUACCAUAGUAGCAUUCUAUCCCAACUGAUACAUUUUGCAUGGGCCACUGCGAUGCACCGUGUCUCUUGACAUAUUCGGAAUAGCAAUCUGUGCUGUCGUGGCCCGGGGCUUCAGGUGUGCGUCGCCUCUGACGAACCCGCCAAGCCGCGGCCGU